AUGGUUGCGCAAAUUGCCGUCAUCGAAGAGACCGAACCCCUACUCGCCGAUGAGUCGACAGUCUUUGCCCCCGCUCGCUCACAAAGGAAGAAGUUCACCAUCUUAAUAAUUUGUGCCAUUUUCGUGCUCGCAGCGGACAUUGGUACCUUCAUCUCUCUCGCUCCCGAAACUGCCAUUCUAGAGCAGAUUAUCUGUCGCAACCAAGGAGUAUUGCCCGUCGAAGCGGACCCGGCGCGGAUUGGGACUCUACAAGGAAUUGGGAGUGAUCCAUGCAAAUCGGAAGCCGUUCAGGCAGAGCUGGCGCUGGUCCAGGGCUACAAAGAUACAUUUGAGGUUCUUCCCAGCAUCUUGCUGUCUCUCCCCUAUGGCGUGUUGUCCGAUCAUUGGGGCCGCAAGCCGGUCUUGUACUUGGGCAUCGUGGGAAUCCUGCUGGGGGAGCUCUGGAUCCGUUUGGUGGCAAUCUUUUCCAAUGUAGUUCCGCUGCGAUUGAUCUGGAUGAGUGGACUAUUCAGAAUUAUCGGUGGCGGCGACCAGACGCUCGUGACCAUCGCGCUGGUCAUGGUGGCGGACAUUUUUUCAGAAGAAGAAAGGCAUAGUACCGAGCAAAUUGCAAAUGCCCUCGCACAGCGCUCUAACCAGUUCAUAGGGACCCCCAUUAGCGCCUGGCUUAUGCAGUAUGAUUACUGGAUUCCGUAUACUCUCGGGUAUUUUAUUGUCAUUUUUGGAUGCAUCCCGGUCCUGUUUCUGCCAGAGACCCUGCCAGAAGCCAAAGCAAACAAGGCAAGAUGGCUCGAUCAAGCAAAUUCGACUGGCAGGGAGCCCUCGGACGUUGUGGACGCGAAUGCCGCCGACAAUAAUGUCCGAAUCAUCACCAAACGCUCAAUGUGGCAAGAGGUCGCGGAUCAAGUUCGGGAAUUCACAGAUUCAACGCAGGUCAUCUGGCGAAACGUUGGGGUUUGCCUAUUAAUCCUGAGUCUUUUGGUCGCCAUACUCAGUCGAUCGUCCUCCUUCGUCCUCCUUCAAUAUGUCUCGAAGAAAUAUCAUUGGAGUCUUGCUCGGGCGAGUCUUUUGAUCUCCAUCCGCGGCAUUUUCACGCUCCUCAAUUUUCUCGUCAUCAUGCCCGGGAUAACCUUUGCCGCAACCAACUAUCUCAACAUGCACGGCCCGCAUCGCGAUCACUAUAUCACGUUGGGUAGUGGAUUACUCAUGACCGUCGGCUUCCUGGCGGUAGGGCUGGCUCCAUUCCCGCCACUACUGGUCAUUGGGGUGGUGGCCCUGUCUUUGAGCUCGGCUUUUCCCAUCACAGCACGCAGUCUGGCAACCAGUCUCGUCCCCCCAGAUCAUGUGGGCACUCUUUAUUCGGCCAUCACAAUUUCCCAAUCUAUUGGAAUCCUCGUGGCCGGUCCGCUCUUUGCUUACCUGUUCCGAAUCGGUUUGCAUCUCGGCGGUGCAUGGAUGGGGAUGCCCUUCCUACAGGCCGGUCUGCUCGCAAUCAUCGCGACCGUGGCUGUGGCAUGUGUGCAUGUUCCUGCAGCAACUUGCGCCGCGAUUGAAGAAGAGGAACAAUUGUUAUCCUGA